ACCGACGGGGUCUCAUCCCUCGUCAGAAGCGUUUCUUUUAACUAGGACAGCACAGCUUUUGCUUUUCUCCAACUUUCUCUCUAUCUCUUACUAUCUUUUCCUUUCUUCAAUAAUUCUUCCAUUAUAUUUUUCCUUUUCAUGCCACCCAAAGCACCCUUUAUUCUCUGCCUUCUACAUCACCUUUUCCUUUACAUUUUCCAACUCCAGGAAGCCCCCACUUUCCCCUUCAACCAACCAGCUUGAGCCAGUAGUACUGGUUUUCUUUCUUUGUUUCACUUCAGUUUCUUUCAAACCUAGCAAGUACUUGUUAACGAAAAGAAAAGAACAAGAAAAAUCGAUGGUGGAGUUUGACUAUAAGGAACUUGUAAAGGCAACUGGAAGCUUCUCUCCUUCAAGGCUCCUAGGAAAAGGAAGCCAUGGAUCAGUCUACAAGGGCACACUUGAAGAAAACAAGCUUGUUGCGAUCAAGAAAUCGUCUGUUGGCAGUGACCAUGUCUCUAUUGACAACUCCAAGAAGCUUGAGAAUGAAAUAUGUGUUUUAUCCUCCCUAGGUGAAAGUCCUUAUGUCAUCAACUUUCUUGGAACGACUCGUGAUGAUGAUCACUACUCCACUUGCAAGGAGAAGAACAGGCUUUUGGUUAUGGAGUAUAUGCCUUACGGUUCUCUCCAUGACUUGUUGCAUGUUGAUGCCACUCCACCAUCAUGGCCUAAACGAGUAGAAAUUGCUAUCCAAAUCGCAAGGGCAAUCCAAUUCCUUCACGAGGGCAAGCCUUUGGUUAUUCACAGAGACAUUAAAUCUGCUAAUGUUUUGUUUGAUUUAAAUUGGAAGGCUAAGUUGGCGGAUUUUGGACUUGCUGUGCUGCGCGUGGAUUCAUCAUCAAGCCCUGAUCAAGAGACUCAACCGGCUGGCACAAUUGGGUACUUGGAUCCUUGUUACACCACACCUAGCAAACUAAGCACCAAGAAUGAUGUUUUCAGCUAUGGAGUUGUUUUGUUAGAGAUCGUUAGCUGUCAAAAAGCGAUCGAUGUUUCUAGGCUGCCGGCUUCAAUAGUUGAUUGGGCAGUGCCAUUGAUUGAGAAGCAAAGAUUGAUGGAAGUAUGUGACUCGAGAAUCGCAUUGCCAACAUUCAUGGAGGGCACGAUUAAGCACUUGUUAUAUGUAGCAUCGCGUUGUGUCUCAUGCAAGGAAGAAAACCGUCCAUCAAUUAGUGAAAUUGUUAUGGGGAUGGAUAAGAAUUGCUUGGUUGGAAGAGUAAAAAUCCCCAGUUGGACAAGUCUCAUGAGGAGUGUGAUGCUAAUGAGAAGCCCCAGAAAGUUUCUUAAGCAAUGGCAGGAGGAAAAAUGUGAUGAUCUACACAGUAAUAUUUCAAAAGGGAAGGUAUAUUUAUGGGAGAUAUUGGCUAAUAUCACACAAAACUGAUACAUCUUGGUCAAGGUUGGUUCAAUCAACUAGACCAGUCAAGGGGCUGGCCACACAGUUCUGUUUUUGGUUACACGACUGGUGUGUCUUUUAGUGAACAAUCAACCUGCAGCGCAUGUAGUCCAAGCAGAAGAUUACCAAAAGUUGGUGCGCAAAGCUUACAGCAACAAAGGUUGGUUUGAUGCCCUGUCAUUCCAUGGCGAAGUUACAAAUAUAUAUGUAUGCUUCCACUUUCUUGUCCAAUAUCCUUUUAUAUUAUACGUGUUCUCUUGCAUAGGUGGGGUGCACUCAAUUAUGUAAUUAUCAUAAGGAACAUGCUUGAGUGACCUAGCUUUUAAUCUCAAUUCUUGAUCACAUAUUUUAA